UUAUUUGACAAAAAUUGCAGAAUUAAUUUGUUACAAAAAUAUUAUGUUGUCAUUGUUGACACUUGACAGGCACUUGACAGUAAAGAAAAUCGCACUAAUCGAUUAGUAGAAAAUAAAAAUACAUAUUUUUCUGUGCGUUAAAAUUGAUAUUAUGCUUUCAUAAAGUUAAUUAUUAAUAUUUCUGCAAUAAAAUACGUGCGUAUUUGUUUGUAUAGUUAGUUGGCUUAAAAUGGCUCAUAGAGAGGAUGAAGACUCAUUUCGGGAAGACGACGUAUACAUCAACCAAGAAGAUGGAAUGCCUAACGUUCACCCCAAUAUAGCAAAUUUAGAACAAGAGAGCGAUGUGCAAGAUGAAGUCGACGAUUUCGAUGACCUGCCUAAGUCUGUCAUCGUCACAAACAUACACAGUGAAGUAUUUGCGGACGAAAAAUUAAAAAAAGGAAUGGAAGACUUAUUCCGCACAUUUUCAGAUAAUAUAACAUUUCAAUGGCUGCGUAGUUUCAAACGUUUGCGCGUCAACUACGACAGUCCUCUGGCUGCUGCUAAUGCUCGCGUUCAACUGCAUCAGUACCAGUUUCAUAAUUCGCCAAUCAACUGUUACUUUGCACAACCUGUAACGCCUGUUUCACUGAAGAACCUGAGACCGCCGGCUCCUGUGAAGCAGUUCCUGAUCUCGCCACCGUCCAGUCCUCCGGUUGGCUGGGAACCUCGUGAAGAAAAUGAACCUUUAGUGAACCAUGAUCUGUUAGCGGCACUGGCCAGCCUGGCUCCUGGAGAGAGUCAUGAACUGCAUGCUCCCACACCCACCCAGCCGGCUAUUGUUGUGCACACUGCGAUGACAUCAGAUCAAAGCCCACUCGUAGCUAAGAUACCUCAUACUCGUUGUCCGGAUUAUUGAUACAAAUGCCUUUUGAAUUAAAUUUAGUGACUAUGAAUUAGAUUAGUAGUAAAAAUGAAUGCUUUCUAUUCAAUUUGUGCAUGUCAAUUUUUAUGACAUGUAAAGCCAAGACAUUAAAGGUGUCUGAAGUUGGCAACUUUUUGAAAGCUCUAGAAAAGUGAGCUUUUGAAAUUCUUUAACAAUAUUAGUCUAGGUUUGCUUCUUGAGAUGGAUAUUAAUUUUACAGAAAUUACACAAAAUUAAAUUGGUGCUAUGUUUUAUCAAACUAAAUUUUAAAAUUGCUUAUUUAACACUUAAGUUACACUAUUAAUUAUUAUCUUUAUGCAACAUGCUUUAAAUAGUAGCGUUUACCAUGGCCAUUUCAUUAUUAGCAAUUAUUAUGAAAACAAAGUAUGGACAAUAGCUAAAAACAUAUCAGAAAAGCGAGCCUUUAAAAAAUACUAACCCCAUAAGUAUAAGGUGGUUGCUCAGUGAUUUUUCUUUUUUUUAAUUAUAUAGUGUUUUAUUUCAUAAUCUACAAUAUUUCAGUAAUUGUCAGUAUUCAAUUAAUGUCUAAAAUCUUAAGUGUAAUGCUAAUAUUUUAUUAAUGUGUCAAAAUUGUCAUGGCAUACCAAUUUCAUGUUGUUCUUUAGGCUGACUUGCAAGGCCAAUAACUUAUAGGGACAUAAUCAUCAAAGAUUCAUAAAAAAAAAUAAGCCAUUGUCACAUAUAUAUAGGAUAUGAACAGGAACAGAAAUAACGCUAUGUUUAAAAAUUAUGUAACAAUGUGGGAAAAUUAAAAAAAUAAUUCAUUUUAUUCAGUCCAUUCAAGCGAUGAUGGAUGCGGAUCAAGGAUUCAGUUCCAUCCUGACUACUUAUAACUUAAACCUGACGUAUUGAGAAAAGUACAGCAGUUUAUAUCAAACUCAAUAUUAGUUUGAAUAAAACCAAAUAUUAAAACUAAUUAUUAAAAAAAAGCUGAAUAUUUUAUGAAGAUAACAAAAUAAGACAGUUACAAACUUCUGUCUGUUAUUUUUCUUGCAAGCCAGCCAUUUUUACUAAACAUACUCUCUUUUAAAUGGACAAAUUUAUCUUUUUUUUGUUAAUUUGGUUAGUGGAAUUAUUUUUACUUGGGUAUUUUGUUUGCGAAAUUAUUAAGUUCUAAGGCCACCUGUGGGUAUUUGUUCUCAAUUAAGGUAAUCAAUGUGUUUGUCUAUUUAUUGCUAUUUAAGCACUGGUUUUUUAUUACAUUGACUUAUUUAUUGCUGAUAAUCUCAUAGCAUAUGCCUUAUCUCUUACUUCAUUUUAAGUAAUUCUUAGUUACCAUCUACUUAAUUCUUAAUUCAAACCUUGGCUUCAAUUUUACUAUAGAUUAAUUAUAAAAAGUUUGUAGCAUUAGAAUUUUGUGAUAAUAUGUCUAAAUAAAUGUUAAAUUUGUUGUUCAA